CGAGACAUCGCGCUUUUCUUUACCCACGAUCGCGCGAACAAGGAAAAGUGGGGAAAACGAGUCCAGUCCCUGUAAUUAGCAGAAGUGGGCGUAGCUCGUCUGCGCAAAAACAACAUCAGCUGCGCAAGCACAGAGACGUCGUCCGCAGGAGAAUGGGUUGCGGGACUUCUCGCUCGCCGGCUCGAGUAGGAGUCAUCGUGGAAGACGAUGGCAGUCUCCAUCAAGAAUUUUAUCCGCCGUUGGUAGACGGAUAUUGGAUGGGACAGAGCGCCCAGGACCCGUCAUCUUCCUUCUGUACCUCGCCCUCUCCUCCUCCCUACACUCCACUGCCUCUGAGUGGGCACGUGACGCUCAUGCUAGGACAGGGCCCUUCGCCGGCAAAGAGACGGAACUCUAUCCAAUCGACUAGGGUGGAUUCCUACCCCGGACCACCGGUGGAGCAGGAGGCAAGUCAGCAGGGAACCGAGGCGGGCCCCAGGCUCUAUCCUAGAGAGCUCGUUACGCAGAGAGAGGAGAGAGAGUGGGACCAGCCGCCGCCACAGUAGAGAGGUGGUGGAGGGGGAAAUUGAUUUAGCUGCAGCUGCUGAAGUUUCAAGACAACCUUCAGCAGAUCUGAGCUACACUCUACUCCUAGAUUCAACAAGAACAGCAGAUUAUGCUGCAGCAGAGCAAGAGGCUACAGUGGAACAAUCCUCGUUUCCCGCUGACCAGCCUCUCCGACCACAGCGACUGGAUGUUCUCAGCUCCUCUUUCCCCUCGGCGAGACCACCCUCUCCUUUCCCCCGUUCUCGCUCCCUCUCAUUCCAGCUACCUCCUCUGAGAACUAUACAACAUCCUCGGGAACCCCAGCCCCUCCCCCCACCUGAGCAGUCUUCUCAGCAACAGCUACCAUUCAGACUACCACCACUGACAGAACUGUCUCCUUUAGACAGUAGUGAGACACAUGGCAGCAGGAAGAGAGCGAGACAAAGAAGUCACUCCUGCCAUUUGCAGACAAGCACCCUACUCACCUCUCUACAAGAACAAUCAGUGGCAGCAAUACAAUGACAUCAUUAUGACGCGUGUUUGUUUGUUUUGUAUACCGGAUCAAAGUGCGUUGUCUUGGCAACUGCUAGAAAAAUCACAACACGAGGUGCGCAGCCGGUCAAAAAAUCUUUUCGCCAUGGAGCGAUACGAGAGUGACUACGCAGAUGAUUUUGAGGAGGAAGAGCUCAGUUCAGCAGCCGCUGCUUCCUCCAAGCCGUUGGCUGGAAGUCUUUACGUCGGCGGUGGUCGUCCGCCACCGAGGAGGAAGAGGCGGGAACAGCCUGCACUGCAAGAGACACGGGGAAGACGUGGUGGUGAAGACAGGUACAGCGAGGAGAAGUUCACCACUCCUAUUAGACAGCGCGGUCUGGCGGGCCCCCCUCCGAGCAAGAGCAGGUCCACAGGGGCCGUGAGCACCACGAGAAGACGCGGGUUUGGCGACCAGCAAUCGAGUCGACGGUCUUUCCUACCGCGGAGACUGGAGCCCGCGGGGAAAGCGGGGUCCACGGGAGCCUCUCCGGCCCGUGACAGACAGCUCUCCGCCAUGAACCACAAGGUGCGCGGGCUCCAGAACAGGCUGGCGGAGCGAGAGAGGCAGCUGGAGGAGGUGAGCAGGGAGAACCGACUCCUCACACGACUCCAGAAGAAACAAGACAAAGAGUGGACCAGGAUUCAGAGACAGGAGGACGAACUACCCCACAUUCUCAGCAGACAUGAGCAAGAGGUGAAGUCACUGAGACAGCAGUUGAGGAAGAGCCACGACCAGGUCCUGGCAGGUCAGAGGAAGGCCGGUGAGCUCGGAGACGAGGUACGCAGGCUCUCUGAGGCCAACCACAAGCUGGAGGAGGUGGUGGGGAGGACAAGACUGCUGGAGAGAGACAGGCUGACGGAUCAGCUCCAGCACGUCGCCGGGAAACUGGCCGAGAAAGAGAAAAGAGUCGCGGAUCUGGAGAGAGGGUUGGAGACAAGUGGCAAGACUCAUGCCCAGGAGGUGAAAGGUCUGAGAGCCAGGAACAGAGCCCUGGCCAGCGAGGCUGUCUCUCUCAGGGACAACAUCGAGAACCUACACUCACUCCUGAAGAGGUUUAACUGGUAGAAGGCCUCCAUAGUGAUAUGGUGUAUUGAGUCAGAGGUUUAAUGAUACACUGAACCGGAAACAAGUGUCUUUCAUAGAACAGUGUCUCCAAAGAAAAUG